AUGUCUAGACAGAGACUCGCAAUGACAACAAUCGCCGGUGUAGGCAUGAUUAGUGUCAUUUAUUAUGCCACACGGAAAAACGAAUCAGCAGCGAAUAAUGCGCAGCUAAGGAGAAACCAGGCUCAAGAUAUCCGUGAACUCGGGUUGGGAAGCGCAGGCGUUGGGGGCAACAGAAUGACCGGCGGCCCAAGCAAUUCAGCAGCACCUUCGGGAUCCGAAAGAGAUCCUCAGCGUGACCAGGUCCAGCUGCCCACUGGCGGUGUUGGUGGCGGCGAAGCCUCAAGUAAGUCGGAUCAUUUCAGAUUGCAUAGUUCGAUCUUGGGUGGUGGAGGCAAAGCAACUGCAAGUCGGCAGGAUCACGAAGGAUAUCAUGACACGAGAGGCAUUAGCAAGAUGGGCUCCGAAAUUCCAUCAAAGCGAGGGCCUGCAGAUGCUUCAAACUAG